AGGUUCCUCCUGAGCCGGCUGAAGGAGUUCUGCGGGGAGUUCCUGAAGAAGAAGCUGAACCUCUCCAACUGCGUGGCGGUUCACAGCCUGGCACACAUGUACUCCCUGAACCAGCUGGCCCUCAAAGCGCAGGACAUGAUCAGGAGGAACUUCUACAGAGUUAUCCAGGAUGAGGAGUUCUACACUUUGCCCUUCCACCUCAUCAGGGACUGGCUCUCGGACUCGGAGAUCACGGUGGACUCGGAAGAAAUCCUCUUUGAGACGGUUCUGAAGUGGGUUCAGAAAAGCCCUGAGGAAAGAGAGAGGUACUUUGAGGACCUCUUCAAGCUGCUUCGCUUGUCCCAGAUGAAACCCACUUACCUUACUCGCCACGUCAAGUCCGAAAGGCUGGUGUCGAGCAACGAAGCCUGUGUUAAAUUGGUGUCUGAAGCCGUGGAGAGUCACGCCUUGAGGUCCGAGAACUUGCAGUCUGGUAACUUGCAGCAUUCCACGUGUCCUGUAGCGUUGCUGCCGCGUUUUGGGCAGAACAUGGAUGUCAUUAUGGUGAUUGGUGGGGUGUCGGAGGGAGGAGAUUACCUGAGCGAGUGUGUGGGGUAUUUCAUCGAUGAGGAUAGGUGGGUGAACCUGCCCCACAUCCAUAAUCACCUCGAUGGGCAUGCUGUUGCUGUGACGGAGUCGUACGUGUACGUGGCCGGCUCCAUGGAACCGGGGUUUGCCAAGACUGUAGAAAGGUACAACCCAAACAGAAAUAUUUGGGAGCAAGUCUCCAAUCUCAUAACCAGAAAGCAUUCCUUUGGCCUUACCGAAGUGAAAGGGAACUUGUACAGUAUUGGUGGCCAUGGCAACUUCAGUCCUGGCUUCAAAGAUGUGGCCAUUUAUAAUCCCGAGCAAGACAAAUGGCUUAACCUGGAGUCAGCCCCCAAGAUCCUUCGGGAUGUCAAAGCUGUGUCGGUAGAAGACCGCUUCGUUUAUGUUGCUGCUCGUACCCCAGUCGACAGCGACAGUGAGGAUGGGCUGAGGGCAGUCAUUAUCAGAUACGAUGCUGACACGAGGCAGUGGCAGGAUGUGGAGUCUCUGCCCCUCAUUGAUAACUAUUGCUCCUUCCAGAUGUCUGUUGCUAACACAAACUUCUACCAUACAGCAUCCUGCUGCCCCAAGAGUUACCCUAUAGAUAACGAGGAAGCCAAGAUAAAGAUCUCUGGCAGGGCCUCAGAUGAAAUACUUGAAAGCUUGCCCCCAGAGGUGCUUAGCAUUGAAGGAGCAGCUAUUUGUUAUUAUAAAGAUGAUGUUUUUAUCAUCGGGGGGUGGAAAAACAGCGAUGAUAUAGACAAGCAAUACAGGAAGGAGGCCUAUCGCUACUGCGCGGAGAGGAAGCGCUGGAUGCUUCUGCCUCCUAUGCCUCAGCCUCGGUGCAGAGCAGCAGCCUGCCACGUGAGGAUCCCCUUCAGGUGCUUGCAGGGCACGCAGAGAUACCCAAUGCCACAAAACCUGAUGUGGCAAAAGGAUAGAAUAAGACAAAUGCAGGAGAGGCAGAUGCAGGAAAUACACCGACACUCCCUGAGCUUACGCAGGAUGCCCCGCUCGCAGAUAGAGUGCUAG